AUUUUAAUAUUAUACAAACCGCUCUGGGGUCCGGCUCUUUAUGACAUACAGGUCUACCGUGUAAUCGUUUUGUUGAUCUCAUCCAUCCAAACUUGACGUUGUUGACUAUCAUGUCGUCUUCUUCUUUGAGUUAAGAUAUAGCCAAGACUUGGGUGCUCAUGUUUAUUCUAGUGCUGUUUGGGCAAAUUGCAAUUUGUAGAUCCUUUCACAUAUGUUUUUUGGUACAUCUGGAAUAAUAAUAUAUUGUGUUCUCAUUUGAACAUAACGAAGUUGAAGCUAGAAUUCCAAACUGGUUGAUGUUGCAUGGGUUUUAUGUUUUAUGCAAAAUUAGAAACCGAAAAUAGUUGUGAGGUGUUCAACUCUGAACUCUGAACCCUUUGGUUUAUUUCACAAAUGGAUUCAGCCAUUUGGUUUCUUUUGCUAGCUUCCUUUGUUCAAAUCUAUAUCAUAGCAGCUACUACUAAUGCUGGUGAUGCUACUGCUCUAAAAUCUCUUGUGAAUGGGUGGGAAAACGUACCUCAUAGUUGGGAGGGUGAGGACCCUUGUGGUGAUGGCUGGGUUGGAAUUGGGUGCACUGAUUCUCGGUUGACCUCAAUGACAUUGCCAAACAUGAACUUCGCGGGACAACUGACAGGAGACAUUGCGGCCUUAUCUGAAUUACAGCAAUUGGAUCUAUCUUACAAUACUGGUCUCACAGGACCUCUUCCAACAUCAAUUGGAAAUUUAAAGAAGCUAACAAACUUAAUCUUGGUUGGUUGUGGUUUCAAUGGUCCAAUUCCUGAUACAAUCGGAUCUCUGUUGCAGCUGAGGUUCCUAUCUCUAAAUUCUAAUGGCUUCACUGGACCUAUUCCACCAUCAAUUGGUAAUCUAUCAAAUCUUUACUGGUUAGAUCUGGCUGACAACCAGCUUGAAGGAUCAAUUCCAGUUUCAAAUGGAUCUACACCAGGGCUUGACAUGUUGAAUAAUACCAAACACUUCCAUUUUGGGAAGAAUAAACUCUCUGGCCAAGUUCCAUCUAAACUUUUCAGUUCAGAUAUGACUCUGAUACAUGUGCUAUUUGAAAGCAACAAACUCUCUGGAAGUCUUCCUUCUACCCUUGGACUUGUGAAAACUCUGGAGGUGGUACGCUUUGACAACAAUUCACUAAAUGGGCAUCUUCCAUUGAAUCUCAACAAUCUUACAAGCGUUCAUGAUCUGUUUUUAUCCAACAAUAAGCUGACUGGUCCUCUGCCUGACCUUACUGGCAUGAACAGUUUGAACACCUUAUACUUGAGUAAUAAUACUUUCGAUACUUCAGAUGUGCCUUCAUGGUUUACAGCCCUGCGAUCCUUAACAACAUUAAUGAUGGACGAUACUCAUGUUCGAGGUCAAAUACCUGCCACAUUCUUUAAGCUUCCAAAUUUGCAGACUGUGGUACUUAAAGGCAACCAACUUAAUGGUACCUUGGAUAUUGGCUCAGGCUUUAGCAGCAGGCUGCAAACCAUAGAUUUGCAGAACAAUUUGAUUUCUGAUUUCAAUAGAAAUACUGGAACAAUCAACUUUAAAAUAAUACUUGUAGGGAACCCGGUGUGUCAGGAGACAGGAACAAGAGAACCUUACUGCAUACUACCGCCAUCAAAUUCCUUGCCUUUGUAUUCAACCCCUAGAAAGAACUGUCAGCCUUAUACAUGUGGUCAAGGUCAAAUUUCAAGCCCCAUAUGCAGAUGUGCAUAUCCAUAUACAGGAACACUAUUCUUCAGAGCCCUUAAUUUCUCAGACUUGACAGACUCAACUCCAUAUGAAACUCUUGAGCAAUCGUUGAUGACAUUCUUCCAGUCCCAUCAACUUCCUGUGGAUACUGUAUCACUAAGCAAUCCAAGGAUGGAUUCAUUUGAAUAUCUGCUUUUGAAACUUGGUGUAUUUCCAUAUGGCCAAGAUAGUUUCAAUAGAACCGCAAUUUCUAUGAUUGCAUUUGUAUUUAGCAACCAGACUUUCAAGCCUCCUAAAGAAUUCUUUGGACCUUAUGUUUUUGGGGGUGACAAUUAUGAGCACUUUUCUGAUCAACCUGCAAAAUCAACAAAAUCUAGUGUUGCCAUCACAAUAGGAGCAGCAGCUGGUGCUUCAGUGCUUUUUCUACUGUUAGUGCUUGCUGGGAUUUAUGCUUAUCGUCAGAAGAAGAAAGCAGAAAGAGCAACCAAAGGAAGCAAUCCUUUUGCACACUGGGAUUCUAAGAAGAGCAGUGGCAGCAUCCCUCAGUUAAAAGGAGCAAGAAGCUUCUCUUUUGAAGAGCUUAAGAAAUACACAAAUAAUUUUUCAGAAGCCAAUGAUAUUGGAUCGGGGGGUUACGGAAAGGUUUAUAGAGGAACUCUACCGACAGGGGAACUCAUUGCCAUCAAACGAGCUCAACAAGGAUCUGUGCAGGGUGGGCUCGAAUUUAAAACAGAGAUUGAGCUUCUAUCAAGAGUUCAUCAUAAAAAUGUUGUCAGUCUAUUGGGAUUUUGCUUUGAGCAAGGUGAACAAAUGCUAAUAUAUGAGUAUGUUCCUAAUGGCUCUCUUAGUGAAAGUCUGUCAGGGAAGUCAGGAAUCAGACUGGACUGGGCUAGGCGACUCAAAAUAGCCCUUGGUGCAGCUAGAGGUCUAGCAUAUCUUCACGAGCUUGCAAAUCCUCCCAUUAUUCAUAGGGACAUCAAGUCCACUAACAUCUUAUUAGAUGAACGCUUAAAUGCUAAAGUUGCUGAUUUUGGUCUCUCCAAACCCAUGGGUGACAGUGAAAAGGGUCAUGUAACUACUCAAGUGAAAGGCACAAUGGGUUAUUUGGAUCCUGAAUAUUAUAUGACCCAGCAGUUGACUGAGAAGAGUGAUGUCUAUAGCUAUGGAGUGCUGAUGUUGGAGAUAAUAACUGCAAGAAAACCCAUAGAGCGAGGGAAAUAUAUUGUCAGAGAGGUGAGAAUGUCAAUGGACAAAACAAAAAGCUUAUAUAAUCUUCAAGAGAUUCUUGACCAAACCAUUGGUUUGGGUACAACACCCAAAGGCUUAGAACAGUUUGUGGACCUGGCAAUGAGAUGUGUAGAAGAAUCAGGAGCUGACAGGCCUCCAAUGAGUGAAGUGCUGAAAGAGAUUGAAGACAUUAUGCAGCUGGCUGGCAUGAAUCCCAAUGCAGAAUCAGCAUCAAGUUCAGCAACUUACGAGAAUGCAACCAAGGGAGCGAAUCUCCAUCCAUACAGCGACGAGUCUUUUGCUUAUAGUGGGGGCUUUCCAUCGUCCAACAUAGAGCCCUAUUGACUUUUGAGUGUCGUUUCUUUUAUGACCAACCAACUUUGUAACAGUAAGAGCCGCUUCUUUUGUUUUCAGCUUUGGAAUGGUGACUGGCAACUUAAUUAUGUUGGAUAUUUUUUCUUGUUUCUUGCACGUUAUGAUGAACUGUAAUUAGAGUGAAUUCCUUAUAUGUAAAUAGAUAGGUAAUGUAAGAAUUGAUCACAAAUGCUUCUUUACCAUUCUUCAUCACUGCUGUUACAUGAACUUUAAUUUGUUUGAUAUAGGCCAAAGCAUGUUCAUUUCA